CUUUCUCUUCUUCAUGAGCACAGCAGCACAUCAGGUUUUCAGUCUGUCAGAUUUUGUCCAUUAGAAUUAUGCAAAGAGAGCUAUGUCCUACAUCUGCCAUUGAAAUAGAUUCAAGUGCAAAUGCUUGGAGUAGUUCUGUAGAGUCUGGCAGGAUCGAAGAAACAUUUCGCGUUGAUUGAAACUCUUUGCUGUCUCCGUACUAUUUUCUCCCUUUCCGAUACUCUGCAAUAUUUUAUGAAACUGGAAAGCCUUUUGUACGAUGCCUUUUAGUCCUGACAGAAGAAGACGUUCUUUUUCUCCGAGGAGAGAAAGAGAAAGAGACCAUGAGCGAGCACGAGAACGAGAUCGUGAGCGUGAAAGAAGAGAGAUGGAUAGAAGACGCGGCAGAGACAGGGAAAGAGAUCGCGAUGAGCGCGAUAGGCACCGUGACGACCGUGACCGGGAGAGAAGACGCGUCAGAUCUCGCUCAAGGUCUCGAGAGCGUCCACGUGGUUCUUCGGACCGUUCCAGAGAUCGAGAUAUUGAUGCAUACCAACGGCCUCGGCACAACCGAUAUGAAAGGGAGAGGCUGGAGCCAACGUCUAUUCUGAUUGUGAAAGGAUUGAAGCCCGACACACUUGAGGACACGAUCAGUCAAGCCAUGGAGAAACGUGGCAGUGGGCCAUUAAAAGAUGUGCGCAUUGUACGGGAUAAAAUGACGGGUGUAUCUCGUGGAUUUGCCUUUGUUGAAUUCCUUACGACGAGAGAGGCCAGUCGGUUUAUCGACAUCUGCUGCGACGAUACUCUCUUCAUAGAUGAUGUUCCCAUGGCGUUGGAGUUCAGCCGCAAGCGAGAAGAAGGAUCAACUGAGUGGAUAUGCAUACGAUGUGACGCGCCUAACCCUCGCUGGCGAGAGGCUUGCAGUGUAUGUCAUCGGAAGAAGCCAUCGUUGCCGUCGCUGGAUGAAGUAGACCCGCCAAUGGACGGAGCUGCUGAAUCUGGAUCCAGCCCAUCAAAUGUGCUCAUUUUCCGCGGCCUCGACGCAUUGUCCACUGAGCUCACGGUGACGGAGGCAGUUCGUGCCCAUACCGCACUGCCCAUCAAAGAUGUUCGGCUAAUCAAAGACCGGCUCACCAACACAUCGCGAGGAUUCUGCUUUGUGGAGCUUAAUUCCAUUGCCGAAGCGAAUCAACUCCUGGAGUCUUUGCAAUACUUGGAUCCUCCGUUUGCCAUUGAUGGGAGGUCGAUUAUCAUCGGGUUUGCUCGUCAACCUCAAGUCAACCCGGCGCAGGCAAAGAGUGGAGCUGCAGCGAUCCAGGCAGCUCAGUGGUCCAGCGGCCCUAAAGCAUCUGGCAUGGGAGCAUCCACAGCUGCGCCAACAUCGACUGUAUCAACAGCAACCGCCGCCACUGCUGUUGUGUCUGCUGCUCCUGCCAUCGCUGGCAAGAUCAUUCCACCUACAGAUGCGCAGAAAGCGUUUGAGGCCGGCUAUCUAGCGGCGCAACAACAGGUCACUGCCACCCUUGCAGCUACCGCUGCAACUGCAGCAACGGCUGCAGCAACACAACUAACACAGCCGACGGUCAUCCAACAAGCAGCACCCGCUAUAGAAAUUGGCCCCAAAAUGCCUGAGCAAACAAAAGCCAGUCAAGCUGUUGAAGCGGCACAAGCACUAAGCCAGCCAAUUAUAGGUCCUACUCCAGCUCCAUCAGCAGCAGUACCGGCCACAGCAGCAGGUGCCCCUGAUACCGGUAUGGGCUCUACAUAUACGUAUGAUGCAGCAUCGGGUUAUUACUAUGACUCCAGUACAGGUCUUUACUACGACCCAAGCACUCAGUAUCACUACAACCCAACCACACAGCAGUACUGUUACUAUGACACGCAGAAGCAGCAGUAUGUACCUGUUGCCAAUAACAACACCGGCAACAAUGGCGGGCAAAAUGCAGGACCUGAUGACAAGAAAGAUAAAAAGAAAAAGAAGGAUGGUGGAGCGGCAAGUGCACGCAAGAUUGCUCGGGACAUGGAGCGCUGGGCAAAGAGCUUGAAUGCUGCAAAGGAUGCAACUAAGGCUGCGCUGGCCGCUGCCGAGGCUGCUAAAGCCGUACAAGCAGCUUCACAGCAAGUCUCCAUUUUGCGUUCCGUGGAGCAGGCACCACUGUCCCUGGAAAGUCUCCAGGCCGCUCGGCAGGUGGAAGCACGCUUCGAGCAAGGAUCUAAAAAUGUUGUGUCCGGCACUUUCCUUGGCCAAGAAGCACCUUCUGAACCGUUGAACUUUGAUGGCAAGAACAAGAAGAAUGCAGAGUCCGUUGUGGAUGAUUGGAAAACGAAAAUGAAUGCCAUGGCCGCGGAGAAGAAGCGUGAGGCCACACCGCCACCAGUACCGGUUCCUGUACGUGAAGAGCCGUCUUUUGCUAUUCCGGACGGCGCCGACCCAGACCCCGGCCACACGGAUUGGAAGCAGAUGGCGUGUCUGCUGUGCAAGCGUAGGUUUCCCAACCCGAAUGCACUUGUUCGCCAUCAGCAGCUGUCGUCGCUUCAUAAGAAUAACCUUGCUGCCAAAGGCCGACCGCCAUUACCGGUUACAGUACAGGUUCCUGCUGAUCAGCAGGCUGCUGCCGGACCAACAGCGGCAGCACCAGCACCGGCACCACGAGAUGAGCCGAUGCUUCGUCCUUCGGCAGCAGGAAGAGGUAGAGAUAGCUUUGCAGACAACAAUAUGAUGUACCGAGACCGCGCAGCGGCGCGGCGCAGUUUACACGGACCAGCCGAAGCACCGCAGCGUGAAGAGCCCAGGCAGCAGCCGCUGCCAUAUGGAUUUGGCGGUGAGCUGCCAAGCGUGGCAGCGUCACAACGGUCUCCACCACGCCAACGACGGCCUGCAAGAGAAGAGUCGUAUGAGCAGCCCGGUCGCGGGGGACUGGGAACAGGCAAUGUUGGCAAUCGAAUGAUGCAGGCGAUGGGCUGGUCAGAAGGGGAGGGACUGGGCCGCCAUGCUCAAGGUCGUAUCGAUGCUGUGCAGGCACAGACAAGGGCCGGCCAAGCGGGCUUAGGUUCUCGAGGCAGCGAUUAUGGCGCUUAUGUUUCUGAUUCACGGCGAGAGACCAUGACCCGAUUGACGCAAGCCAGAUUCCGGGAGAAUGACUAUUGACGGCAAAUCGUUCCAUGUGACAAGCCGUGGACAUUGAUCAAGACCCAUGCCACAUUAUGCUCUGGAGCUUGCAAAUCUGACUUGAUGUUGAACACUAGCUACGCAUUACACAAUUAGUACAGUUAGACGGCCGUUUCCCUUAUCAGUAUGCCCGCUUAUCCAAGUUUAUCCGUUGUUUAUUUUCGCUGACUUCCAUUCGUUUUUCGCUACUUGUACAUUGCGCCCCGAUUGCUCUUGGCUGAAUAUCGCUCCUUUUUCACAUUCUCGUUUCCUGUUCACUAUUGCACGGCAACCGUUCCUUUGACAACUGUAGCUAUGUACAUUGCAUAUGCCCCUUGUUUGCUGGCCAGUGUGCUUUCUUCAUUUUUCCUUGUGUACCGUGACUUAUUUUUAAAAAGAAAAAAAGUGCCACUGUAGAA